UUAACCUAGCAUCAAACUUGGCCCCGUGUCGAAAUUCAGUCCCCUUGGCAGUACAGAUCUACAGUUGGUUCUCGGAUUCCAGUGUUAGUAUGUCAGAGAAAUUCUUCCAGAUAACUGUACUGCAGUCUACUGGCGGCUGUUUCUUCAGCUCAUAUUAUACUUUAUGAUUCAUUCAUGCAUGGCUCAAUUGUUGGAUCUGUAGCAUGUGGUUCGCAUGAGCAAAGUUUAAAAUAAUCACUCUGUUAUCAGUGUACCUUUCUGUUUCACGGAACAAGGUUUUAACAACCUUGGGCGUAAGCAAGGUGGUGGAAUCCGGGCACCAGGAUUACAAGCUCGGUGAUCUGGUGUGGGGGAUGACAGGAUGUGAAGAGUACACUUUGAUCACUAAUCUGGAGUCGCAUUUCAAGAUCAACCAUCCUGAAUUGCCGCUGUCAUACUACACAGGAGUUCUUGGCAUGCCUGGCCUUACUGCCUAUGCUGGAUUUUUUGACGUGGCCAAGCCAAAGAAGGGCGACUAUGUCGUCGUGUCAGCAGCGUCAGGUGUCGUCGGACAGCUUGCCGGGCAGCUUGCCAAGAUCUCCGGCUGCUAUGUGGUUGGUAGUGCCGGUUCCGAUGAGAAGGUCAACCUCCUAAAAACAAAGUUUGGGUUUGACGAUGCCUUCAACUACAAGAAGGAGCAGGACCUGAACGCCACACUGAAGAGGUGCUUCCCGGAGGGCAUCGACAUCUACUUCGAGAAUGUGGGUGGCGCGAUGCUGGACGCGGUGCUUCUCAACAUGAGGCUGCACGGGCGGGUAUCGGUGUGCGGGAUGAUCUCGCAGUACAACCUGGAGCAGCUCGAGGGCGUGCGCAACCUGUUCUGCAUCGUCGCCAAGCGCAUCCGCAUGGAGGGGUUCAUCGUGAUGGAUCACUACAGCAACUACAGAAAGUUCGAAGAGGAGAUGGCCGGUUACCUCAAGGAGGGGAAGAUCAACUACGUGGAGGACGUCACUGAGGGGAUCGAGAGCUUCCCAACGGCGCUCAUCGGGCUCUUCUACGGGCGCAAUGUCGGAAAGCAGCUGGUGGCCGUCGCACGGGAGUGACGUCACAUGUCAGGAGCCCCGAGCCCUCCUGAACCGAGAAGCACAGAUGUGCGUUCACAGACCAGAAUUCAGAUAUAUAUAGAGAGGUACUCAGUCCGGUUUGCCGGAUUCUACAUGCUUUGAGCCAGUGUUUGGAGAAAGUUGGAGAAAACAGGAUCCUACUUAGGUGAACCAAGAAGUUGGAAUGAACUAUUGUAUAAUCUUUACCAGUAUUUAAAAAGGGCAGUUGAUGCUGCUCAUCCUGCACUCUGGCCGCAGCCCAGCAAAGUGCUAGUUUAGGUGAUGCAUUAUAACGCACGCAAAAUUUGGAUUACAAAAAGAGUACAAGUUCUUCAUCUGCA